AUGGCGCCUACAAACAGUCUUCUCUACAAAAACUUUCAGAAACAUCCCGCGGCUCUUAUUGAGUCGACCGAGGGGAUUUAUCUCAACACUAGCGAUGGGCGCAAGAUUCUAGACGCUACGAGCGGAGCGGCUGUUGCGUGUCUGGGCUAUGAUAACAAGGACGUUCAGAAAGCUGUUGUAGAGCAGCUUGUGAACGUUCCGUAUUGUCAUCCCGGCUUUUACAAGACGCAGGCUGCGGAAGAUCUUGCGGAUUUUCUUGUCGAGUCUACCGAUGGCCAAAUGUCCAAGGCUGUUCUUUGCGGUUCAGGAUCUGAAGCUGUCGAAGUCGCGCUCAAGCUCGCGAAAACGCACUUUUCGCAUCUCGCUAUUCCUCAGACUGAACGGAGCCACUUCAUAGCUCGUGUGGGAGCCUGGCACGGCGCUACGCUCGGUGCGCUGACGCUGGGCGACUUCAAAGUACGAAAAGAUCCGUUCGUGCAGUUGAUCUCGCAGAAUUCUUCGCGCGUAUCGGCGUGUAGCUCGUACAGAGGACAGCGUGACGGUGAAUAUGACGAGGCGUAUGUUGCGCGUCUUGCGCAAGAGCUCGAUGAUGAGUUUCUGAGGAUCGGGCCCGAGAAGGUCUGCGCUUUCGUGGCUGAGACUGUCGGGGGGAGUGCGAGUGGCUGUGCUAUGCCGCUGAAGGGAUAUUUCCCUGCUAUGAAGGCUGUUUGCGAGAAGUAUGGCGCCCUUCUUAUUCUUGACGAAGUCAUGUGUGGAAUGGGUCGUACGGGUACGCUUCAUGCUUGGGAGCAGGAAGAUGUCGUUCCUGAUAUUCUCGUCGUCGGAAAGGGUCUUGGUGCGGGAUACGCUCCUGUCUCUGCCGUCAUGAUCAACUCUAAACUCGUCGAGUCAUUUCAAAAGAGCGGCAAAGGUUUCGCCCACGGCCAAACCUACAUGGCCCAUCCCCAAGCCGCAGCCGCCGCCCUCAAAGUCCAACAGAUCAUCCGCGACGAAAACAUGGUAUCGCACGUCCGUUCCAUGGGCGCAUAUCUCGGCACCAAGCUCAAAGAGCGCCUCCUCCCGAUGCCAUACGUCGGCGACAUCCGCGGGCGCGGACUCUUCUGGGCCGUUGAAUUCGUGACCAACAAAAAGACCAAGACACCCUUCCCGUAUGAUCUCGGGCUCAACGGGCUGUUGCACUCGCGCGGAAUGAGCGCUGGGUACGAGAUCGCGCUGUUUAACGCUAAUGGCGGGUAUGAUGGGUACAGUGGAGAUCAUUUUCUGAUCUGCCCGCCUUUUAUCGUGUCGAAGGAGGAUGUUGAUGAGAUUGUGGAGAGGACGGCGAGGGUGGUGGAGGAUACGUUUGAGGAGUUGGGUAACUCGGCGGUUUGGGAGAAGAUUACCCUGCAGAUGGAGAUUGAUGAGGUUGAGGUCAAGCCGGUUGGGGCUAUGGUUGCUGCGCAGUGA